AUGCUGUUAGUGGAAGAAAAGCGAACCGGAAAAUUUGUUGCGGAACGAAAUGCAUUUGCUGUAAAUCGAUAUGCUGGGGAGUACUAUAGUCGCAAACAAGUGCUACUGGAAAUAACACAUGAAAUUAUGGGAUGCGGAGCAUCAAUAUCAUUGGCUGUUCUCUUUCCUUUAUCAUACGUUGGCUUGCUGCACAUCGCCGAUCAUAAAGGAACAGAUCGAAAUGAUCCACUUUCGAUUCGCAAACGUUUUAUUGCUGCUGUUGUGAAUAAUGUGCUGUCUGUGACGAUUACGUACGGAGUAUUGUCACAACGUGGUGAUCCCUCUCCACUGCGCUCAAUGGGCUUCCGCGCUGAAGGCACAAUAGCGGCACUGAUUUUGCCCGCUGUUUUGGUAGCUGUGCUGUAUACUGGACAAUGGCUGAUGAUGUAUUUGGAUGGUCACUUGUGGUCGAACUUUUCCCUUUCUGAAUGGAAGGCGUCGUUCUGCCAGCCAACGUGGAUACGUGAUGCUAUUAUGGCUCCUGUUACUGAGGAAAUCGCGUUCCGCUGCUGUUGCGCAUCGUUAUUGUCAGGCUGUCUGUCACCGUUAAUGACAAUUAUCGUGUGCCCUUUACCAUUCGCAUCGAGCCACUUCCAUCACGUCGGUGAUGAUCGACGACGAGGCUUCUCACUUUCAGAAGCUACUGCCAGGAGAGCAUUCCAAUUCGCGUAUACGUACGCCUUCGGUGCAUAUGCGACCUAUCUUUUCCUUUCCACGGGUCACGCAUUAGCACCAAUUGUGACGCAUGCAAUGUGCAACUCCUUGGGACUCCCUAUGUUCACUGAGAUUGCUACAUUCACUCAUCGUUGGCAGCGGGGUUUGCUGUGGGCGGCUUAUGCUGCAGGAACGUGCGGAUUUAUUGUUUUACUAGGACCACUUACUAAGGCUGAGCUGUAUCAAAGAUGGUUGUCAGAGGUUUUCGUCUUUGUAAUAGUGUCUUUCUGCAUGCACCAUAUCGCGAAUCUUGUCCAUUCGUAUGGGAAUGAAAUGUAA